AUAGGUUAGAUAUCCGCUGGCAUCUAACGUUAGAUAGAAUGCUGGGUUAUAGAUCGGUGAUGCAAAUAUUGGCUUGGGAUUGGAGAAACCUGAACUCAUCGUGGUGCGAAGUGAAACUUCCACCCGGAGAUCUUUGAUCUCUGUCGUUUUUGGCUCGUGCUAUAUAGAUCGAGUAACUAAAGACACGAUCAUGAGCUGUAUUCCAGACUUUGGUGCUUCAUUGCCAAAAAAGUUCAAGUCUGCUGUAAUGGGUGACAUCCCCGGUCUUGACAUCAAAAAGCUGUUUAGAAUGGUUGUCCUUGGUCCAUCGUUCUGUGGAAAAAAUAAUCUGACGCUAUUUAUCCUUAAGCAUUCUCCUCAUGUGUUUGCUCAUUUGACAAUCAUUGCAACAAAUCCGCAUCAGGAACUGUAUAAAUACCUUCGCGAUAAGUUAGAAAAUUUCACCACUUUUGCUGACCCCAAUACUCCACCUAAAGUUGAUCAAGUGCGCCAUACACCAAUGAGUUUAAAUAACCCUGAGCUCGUUAUAAUUGAUGACUACAGCAACGACAAGCUACUCCAGAAGAACAUCUUCUCACAUUACUAUACUCGUGGCCGGCAUUUUAAACUAUCAGCGAUCUUCUUAAGCCAUAUAUAGCUAUUU